GAAGUGCUCUACCCAUUGAGCCACAGCCCUAGCCUCUACUGUUUAUGAUUGACAGUUGAAGUCUUACCUCACUCCAAUGACAACACUCUUCUAUAUUUUGUCAGUAUUUCUAAAGUUUCCCUUCACACGCAGCCAGCAGCGGAGCCCCUGGAGCCGAUAGACCCCACCUGAGAUGUCUUCUUUUGUUUGCUGGAGCCUGCCUAUAACCCUUCUUACCCUGCUUUGCUGCUCAGGGUCUGGUGAGAAGGCGUUCGAGGUCCACGUAUCGUCCGAGAAGCAGAUUGUAGAAGCCACAGGCUCUUUGAAAGUCAACUGCAGCACAAGCUGUGAGGAUCCGCAAGUGGGUGGUCUGGAGACCACCUUGAGUAAGAGAGUGUUGGAGGAGCACCCUCGAGGAAAGUGGAAACAGUUCUUAGUCUUAAAUAUCUCCCAAGACACGAGCCUCCUCUGCCACUUCACCUGUGCGGAGAAGCAGCAUUCAGAGCAUCUCAACGUCAGAGUAUACAAGCCUCCGGCUAAGGUCACACUAAAGCUGCAGCCCACGCGGGUGUCUGUGGGAGGAACCUUCACCAUUGAGUGUACGGCAGAAGCCGUGAAGCCCCUUGAGAACCUCACCCUCAGCCUGCUCCAUGACAGAGAGACCCUACAGAACCAGACCUUUGGGGGAGCCGAAAGUAACGUCACAGCCAUAUUCAACAGGACAGCUCUAACAAAGGAUAACCUCAACUUCUCCUGCCAGGCUGAGCUGGACCUACGGCCCCACGGUGGGUACAUCAUCCGCAGCACCUCAGAGUCCCAGGUCCUCGAAGUCUUCGAGCAUACGAAUGGCACCCCGAUAGACAUCAUAAUCAUAAUGGUGUCAAUACUGCUGUUCUUAUUUGUGACAUCGGUCCUACUCUGCUUUAUCCUCGGCCAGCACUGGCACAGGAGGCGGACGGGCACCUAUGGGGUGCUGGCUGCCUGGAUGAGGCUGCCCCGAGCCUUUCGGCAACGUCCUGGGUGAACAAAUGCUCCCAGUCCUCUGGUGGCUGCUGGAACUCAACAUGGUGCCUUCGGGGUGUGGUCCAGCACUGGCUGAAGGACUCUAGCAGUGGCACAAGACACUGGGGACAUUUCCUUUUUUUUUUUAAACCUCAAUACAAAUACCUGGAUUUCA